ACUAAAAAGAAAAAUAGUCAAAACAGAGGAAAAGAAAAAAAAAAUAAAGUUGUCUCCUUUUCUCAUCAGUACAGUCAAUGAGCGUUCCUCCUUUCCGCCAUUGAACUUCUCUGAGAGGAAAAAAAAAAGAGAAACCCUAGAUCGAUCCAAGCUUAACACCAUGAAGACUCCUCUCUUAUGUCUUCUCCUCAUCAUCACCAUCAUCUCUUCAUCAUCUUACGCAGAAGACGACGUCCUCUGUCUCCAAGGCCUAAAGAACUCACUCACCGACCCUUCCUCACGCCUCACCUCCUGGUCCUUCCCGAACUCCACAUCCUCCUCGAUUUGCAAGCUCACCGGCGUCUCCUGCUGGAACGAGAAAGAGAACCGCAUCAUCUCUCUCCAGCUCCAGUCUAUGCAGCUCGCCGGCCAGAUUCCCGAGCCCCUCAAGCUCUGCCGCAGCCUCCAGUCCUUGGAUCUCUCCGGAAACGACCUCUCCGGUGCGAUACCUUCCCAAAUCUGCUCCUGGCUCCCUUACCUCGUCACGCUAGAUCUGUCCGGGAACAGACUCUCCGGCCCGAUCCCGUCUCAGAUCGUGGAGUGCAAGUUCUUGAACGCGCUCGUCCUCAGCGACAACAAGCUCUCCGGUUCGGUUCCGACAGAGCUGAGCCGGUUAGAUCGGUUGAGAAGGCUUUCUUUGGCCGGGAACGAUCUCUCCGGAACGAUUCCUUCAGAGCUGUCUCGUUUCGGGGAGGAGGAUUUUUCGGACAAUAGCGGUUUAUGCGGGAAGCCUUUGUCGGGAUGCGGGGCGUUGAGCGGGAGGAACUUGACUAUCAUCGUGGUCGCUGGGGUUCUCGGGGCUGUCGGGUCGUUGUGUGUAGGUUUAGCGGUGUUCUGGUGGUUCUUUAUGAGAGAGAGGAAGAAGAAGAAGAGAGGAGGGUACGGAGCUGGGAAGUCUAGAGACGAUAGCGAUUGGAUUGGUCUGUUGAGGUCUCACAAGCUUGUUCAAGUCACUCUCUUUCAGAAACCUAUCGUGAAGAUCAAACUGAACGAUCUAAUGGCCGCUACUAACGAGUUCAGCUCCGGGAACAUCGAUGUCUCUUCGAGGACCGGUGUUUCCUACAAAGCGGAUUUAACCGAUGGGUCUGCGCUUGCUGUUAAGAGGCUUAGUGCCUGUGGGGUUGGGGAGAAGCAGUUUAAGUCGGAGAUGAGUAAGUUGGGUGAGCUUAGACAUCCCAACUUGGUGCCGCUUCUAGGGUACUGCGUUGUGGAAGAUGAGAGGUUGUUGGUGUAUAAGCACAUGCCUAACGGUACGUUGUUCUCUCAGUUGCAUAGCGGUGGAUUCUGUGAUGCGGUUUUGGACUGGCCGGCUAGGCUUAUGAUCGGUGUGGGAGCUGCGAGAGGGUUAGCUUGGCUGCACCAUGGAUGCCAGCCGCCGUAUUUGCAUCAGUUUAUUAGCUCCAAUGUUAUACUUCUUGAUGAUGACUUUGAUGCGAGGAUUACUGAUUACGGUUUGGCUAAGCUGGUUGGGAGUCGUGACUCUAACGAUAGCUCGUUUAAUAACGGAGAUUUGGGGGAGUUGGGUUACGUGGCGCCUGAGUACUCGAGUACUAUGGUCGCGUCUUUGAAAGGAGAUGUGUAUGGGUUUGGGAUCGUGCUUCUUGAGCUGGUCACGGGGCAGAAGCCGUUGUCUGUUAUAAACGGGGUUGAAGGGUUUAAAGGGAGUUUGGUGGACUGGGUGAGUCAGUUUUUGGGUACUGGUAGAAGCAAAGAUGCUAUUGAUAAAAGCAUUAGCGGGAAAGGACAUGAUGAGGAGAUAUUGCAGUUCUUGAAAAUCGCGUGUAGCUGUGUUGUGUCUAGGCCUAAGGAAAGGCCGACGAUGGUUCAGGUGUAUGAGUCUUUGAAGAACAUGGCGGAUAAACAUGGUGUUUCUGAGCAUUACGAUGAGUUUCCACUGGUAUUCAACAAACAAGAAGCUUGAGUGAGUGAUUUUUUUAAGGCAGCGUAAAGCGCUGGAAAGGUAUGAGGAAUCUACUCUGUAUCAAAAAGCGUUUUUGUUACUUUUAUAUCUCAUUCUUUGUUGCUUCUUCUCCCACUGUUCUUACUUGUUAACCGUGUUCUUGUGUUGUCUUGUUUACUGCUUGUUGUAAAAUUAUGUACAUUCGCUGUGGGUCAUCAAUGUACUCUUUGGAAUGUAUUUGAUAUGAGAAGAUUUGUUCCGCCUUGUUUCAUGGUUGUACCGUACAAAGCUAACAAGUUCUUGGCAA